CUUUUGGCCCCAACAUCCCUUGGUUUCUGCCCCCUCACUGCACUAUCUGACAUGCAAGGCAGUCAGCAACCACGCUGGUCGACAGCGCUGCACAAAAGAUAGCCGGGAUGCCAUGCCUCUCUCAUGGAUGUCAUGAAAUCCGGUUGCCUCUCCCCACUGUCCUCCGACCGGGUGAUUCACAAUGGGCUACACAAGGGGGGAGAUGAUAGCCUUGGGCUUCGUGCUCUUGUUCCUGCCCACUAUUUUCGUUGCCCUGCGCAUCUGGGCCCGAGUGCUUUGUCGGGCGGGGCUUCACUGGGAUGAUUACACCGCCUUCUGUGGGUUGGCGUUUGCCAUCUCCGUCUGUAUCUGCCACUUGAUUGCUGCCAUUCAAGGCCAACUGGGGCAGCACCAGACCACCUAUCCAGAUGGAUCUCCUAUCCUGGAUGAUCCACGCUUCCUGAUCUAUGAAAGAUGCAAGUUCGCGCUGCAUAUGCUGUCCACCCUGGGCCUGGGCUUCACCAAGACAUCCAUGAUAUUGCUCUAUCUUCGAAUCUUCCGUACGCCCGUCUUCCAGCGCAUCUGCCAGGGUUGUAUCGUCUUUGUGAUCGGAUGGACCAUCAGCUUCACGUUCGCUUGUCUGUUCCAAUGUUACCCGGUGACAGCCCUCGUGGAGUUCUUCUACGGCAACAAGUGCAUCAACACGCUUGUCUUUUAUAAUGUCCUCAGCGGGUCCGAUGUCGCCCUAGACGUGGUCAUCAUUAUUCUCCCCAUUGCGCCCGUGCUAAGCAUCCAGAUGAGUCUCCGCCAGCGCCUGGCCGUGCUCGGGAUGUUCCUGCUGGGCGGACUGGCCGUGGCCUGCAGCAUUGCGCGGUUGGUCUCUUUUGUCGAGUGCGAUCACACGCUAGUGACCCACUACAAUGAUGAGACCUACUAUACGUCAGGAGUGUUCAUUUGGACGGUGGUCGAGCUGGCCGUGGCCAUCAUGUGUGCGUGUAUGCCCACCCUCCGACCGCUGUUUGUCUUUCAGCGGAAAAAGGCGCUGUCGGACUAUCCCAGUGACUAUCGGUCGCAUCCGAGCCGACGGUCGCGAUACCACCGGUCCACCGGCACGACGGAUGACUUGGAGAUUCCGGUGCUGGCCAGUCGCAACACCGGUGGGGUGCAAAUCCAUAUCCAGCGGUCGUCAUCGGUCGAGGAGCAUGAGCACCCGACCGACGGGGUGAUCCUGGUGCAGCACAGCACCACCUGGAGCGACACGGAUUGUUUGGAUCGAGAUAAGAAGGUUGCCAUACUGGGUUUGGCCCUCGUGGCCAUUCCUACCGUCAUUGCUUCGGCGUGUACACUCACCACAUUUGAAGAGUGCAUCCAGUCGGAGUUGUCGUCUGGAGCAACCCUGGAGACGGCCGAGUCCAAUGUGGUGGCGCCCCGAUGGACGGAAUACAAAGAACCUGUUACUGGGCAUGUAGUGAAUGUCGCGACAGAGGCGGAUGUCCAAGCCGCGGUCCGCUGCGCCAACGAGGCAGGAGUCAAGUUCUUUGCUCAAUCUGGGGGCAAUGCUUGGGCAACCACUUGGAACCUCUCCCAGGGGGAUGUAGUAAUUGACCUCCGGGCGCUCAACGCCAUCACCUUCAAUGACAACCGCACCCAGGUGCAGGUCGAGGGUGGCGCCAUCAUCUCGGAGCUGGUGGACGCCGCGUAUGCCAAUAACACGCAGGUGGUGACGGCCAACUGCAACUGCGUCGGGGUGAUGGGGGCCCUACUUGGGGGAGGGUACAGCCGGAUGAUGGGUGAGCGCGGAUUCAUGGUCGACAACGUGCUAUCGUUGCGGGUGGUUUUGGCCUCUGGGGAGCUGGUGGAAGUGACACCCACUUCGCAUCCCGAUCUCUGGUGGGCACUGCGCGGGGCUGGAGCCAACUUUGGCAUCGUCACCUCGGCCGUCUUCAAGGCGUAUCCGACACCCGCGGCCCAGAAUGGAGCCUGGCUGGGAAGUCUCAUCUUUGGCGACGACCAGCUUGAGGAUGUUGUUUCGGCGAUCAACAAUCUGACCCUAACCUCCAAGAUGGCCAUCUUCCUGUACUACGCCACCACCGGGGCCCCUGACUACACGCCCGCCAUCAUUGUCUUUCCCUUCUACCUGGGCAACAACACGGCAGAAGCCCGGCAAGCGUUCGCUUCGGUGCUGGAUAUUGGCCCGGUGACAGAUGGCACGACGUUUACACCCUACAACGAGGUCAACGAGGGCAGUAACUCGUUCUGUGUGGCCGGAAACCGCAAGGUGAGCUACGGCGCAGCGGAGGGCCAGCUGGACCCGACCACAUGGCGAGCCAUUUGGAACGAGUACACCAGCUUCAUUGCGCGAUAUGGUGGGGCCGCCGUUGGCAACUCGACGGUGCUGAUGGAGGCCUACAGCCUGGGGACGGCGGAGCAGCUGGGAGACGGCAGUUCGGCGUACGCGUGGCGAUCGACCAACCGGUUCAACACGGUGGCCAUUGCCUGGUAUGCGGACGCGGGACUGGAUGUGACGGCCAAUGCAUGGGCGGGGCAGAUUCGCGAUCACUGGCGAUCGACCAGCGGGUUGAAGUCCAAUUCCACGUACAUCAACUUUGCAUUUGGAGAUGAGACGCUGGAGGACAUCUACGGGGGGAAUGUGGCGCAGCUGCAACAGCUCAAGGGGGUGUACGAUCCGGACAAUCAUUUCGGUCAAUUCUUUCCCUUGGAGAGGGCGGAUUAAUAAUGCAGGGGCUUAGUGCUUACGCCGGGGAAAAGGUGGGGAGACAGACACCACCCGAGGGACACUAUGGUUCAGUUCUUUGUUACAACAUGUGUACAGUAGAGAAGUGGUGGAGUGAUCAUGGAGAGACUUCAUGCAGGGGGUGACAUGCCACUCAGGUGCUGCCUAGAUAGUACAUUGUAGAACGUCGUCAAUGCAACCCUGAUGCAUCUCACUCACAGCCUCGUGGGGGCCAAACCCGGCCAGCCGGUGGAUCUACUUUCUGUUCCUGGGCAGUCAGCAGCCAGCAACUAAGCACUACGAACUAAGCCAAGCGAUAUGUCCAGUGGACCGGAUCGGAUGCUUUGUAGCUGACCCACGGGGCUCCGCUGUCAACCACAGCCUUGUCCAGAAAUAAACAGAGAAUGGU